CAGCCAGAUAGCAAAGGAUUUCCAAUAAAUGUAUUAUUUUUUUAAGACCUAUCCCGUGCGGGUAUUGUGAAUUUUCGCAGAAGGGGAUUAUGCCAUAGGAGUAAUUAAUAAAGGAAACUAAAAAUAUCGUACACAUUUUUUUGCAAGGGGUAUUAUUCCGCGGUCAUUUCCCUGAAAUAAACACUGACUAAAUGUUCGGAGCCCAAAGUUCGUUUUUUAAAUACAACCUCUAAUCGAACGCGACGAUAUUUAUACACACCGUUGGCCGUCACGUACACGUUCGACAAAACUGCCAUUUGUAGUGGUUACGACUUACGAUACCCCUGACGGCCUGACCCCAUGUCCCUCGCGUUUUAGUUGUCAUGGAGUCGUAAAGCAAACACGCUUCAAAUUUAUCAGUCAAACGAUCGGCUUACCUCUCCGCAUCAAGCGACAUUCGCGUUUUAUCGUCACUAUCGCAGUAGGUAGGCACCUACACGACUAUGCUAUAUUACUAAUAUAUAUAGCCCCCUGCAGGGUAUAAUCACGUCAACGCGGUUCGAGUCAAUUAUUGGUAUACUGUGUAGUGGUCGACGAUGUUACGACCUGCCGCAUAAAAACUAUUUUUCGUCGCCCCGGAAAACACGAUGGACGGCGAAAUCGUCGUGCAGGAUCUCGAGCUACGGUCGCUGAUCGGAUUCGACGGCAACCCGCUGAACGGUCUCAUACUGCACCCGGACGGCGUUCAUCUCGUGUACCCGCUCGGCACGAACAUCGCGGCGUACAACUGGCACACGAAGGCCCAGCGGUUCUUCGAGGGGCACACGAACGUGAUAUCGGCCGUGACGGUGUCCACUUCCGGCCGGUACGUGGGCUCCGGCCAGGUGAACUACAUGGGGUUCCGGUCGCCGAUAAUCGUGUGGUGCUUCCGCACCGGGCAGGUGGUCGCCAAGUACGAGUCGCACAAGGUGCGCGUCGAGUCGGUGGCGUUCUCGUGCUGCGAGAACUUUCUGAUAUCGCUGGGCGGCGUCGACGACGGUUCGGUGAUCGUGUACGACAUCGAAAAGCGGGAGGUGCUGUGCGGGUCGUCGUCCGUCAAGUCGACGGCCGGCUCGGCGACAGUGCUCCGGCCGGUGCACACGCGCGGCGAGUGUUUCGUCGUGGCCGGCGACAACAUACUCAGGCUGUGGACGCUCAACAGGGAACAGCGGAACAUCCAGGGGCUGGACGGUUCGUUCGCCAAGAUCAAGCGCAAGAUCCUGUGCACGGUCGUCGACCGGCUGGACGAGUACGCGUACUGCGGCACCAGCACCGGCGACGUGAUGAAAAUCAAACUGAACUUCUCGGCCGACGCGGCCGUGGUGGCGCCCACCAACGCGCCGACGCUGGUCAGCUGUUUCGCCAAGUAUCCGCCGGCCGGCUGCAAGAACAGGCGAGGCGUCUCCGCCGCCGCCCCCGCCGUGGAACUGUACAGCAGAGGAAUCACGGCGCUGUACCUGGUCGCCGACGACGGUACCAUGUUGGUAGGUUCCGGGGACGGGGUCAUCGAGCUGGUGAAGCCGAAGGUCCGCGACGGCGGUCACCGCGGCUCCGGCGGCUCGUACAGCAAGCCGGGCAGCACGCGACUGGCGACGCCCACCCGACCGCUGUUGGUCGCCGUUAAGUCGGCCAACGUCGAUUCGUCCGUGACCAGCAUACAGCUGAUGGACGACGGCGUGGUGCUGGUGGGCACCAUCGACUGUGAGCUGUUCGCCGUCCGGGCCCGCGACUUCGAAGUCACCUGCCUGUUCACGUGCCACACGUCCGUCGUCUACGACCUGGCGUUUCCGCACGGCUACAGCAAGGUGUUCGCCACCGCCAGCAAGCACGACGUGCGCGUCUGGUCGGUGGACACCCUGCAGGAGCUGCUCCGGAUCACCGUGCGCAACUUCACGUGCUCCGGCGUGCUGUUCUCGUACGACGGUGCGCAGAUCGUCACGUCGUGGAACGACGGCAACAUCCGGAUAUUCGCGCCGGAAACCGGGCGGCUGCUGUACGCCAUCAACAACUGUCACAACAAGGGCGUGUCGGCCAUCGCCAUGUCCAAGGACGGUCGGAAGCUGCUGAGCGGCGGCGGCGAGGGCCAGGUCCGGGUGUGGCAGGUGGACAACCUCAGCGGGGCGCUCCAGGCCGUGCUCAAGGAGCACAAGGGCCCGGUGAGCUCGAUCGACGUGCACCAGUUGGGCCACGAGGCCAUCACGGCUAGCGCGGACGGCACGUGCGUCGUCUGGGACAUUGUCCGGUUCACGCGGCUGUCCAUUAUGUUCUCGUCGACGAUAUUUACUAGCGCUAAGUACCAUCCGAAUGGCGCCCAGCUACUCACCUGCGGCACCAAUAGGUACAUUGGGUUCUGGGAGGCGCUCGACGGGUCCUUGAUACGGGAGAUCGAAGGAUCGUCCGCGUCGGCGCUCAACUCGCUGGAUGUUACGCCCAACGGUAAGUACAUCGUUACUGGCAGUUCAGAUCAAAUGGUGAAGGUGUGGCUGUACAACGAGGGGGUGCCCACACACGUCGGGGUGGGUCACGCGGGAGUGGUGACGAACGUGAAGGUGAGCCCGGAUGGUAAGUUCGUGGUGAGCACGAGCGCGGACGGCGGCAUAUUCUUGUGGCGUUUUCCACAUGCCGCGGACACCACAUCGCCCAGCAGCCGGUGUAGCUCAAAAAGCGGUGGCGGUGGCGCGGGCAGUCUGCGGGAACAGCAGACCGACCGUUCGAGGCAGCUGUCGCUGAAGAAGACGUUGCCGGCCCGAAAGGAGAACAUUAACGUCAUAUCUAAGGUGCAAAAGGUACGGACGGCCGCGGAUUGUAACAGCGGAUCGACUACGGCGGCGACGUCGACAGUGCCAGGUGACGGAAACGCCGCCGAAAAGGCCGUCGACGGAUCGGUAAAAUGUCUGUGCCGGCGUGGAUCGACGGCCACUUGUGGUCGUUGCGACCACGAUGGUACAGCCGGCUGGAAGAUCAAACCGUUUGUCCGAUGACGAAUGUUCGCGUGCCUAAAUUAUUACGUAUGCAAAAUGUUUGUGCCACCUCCCCUCCCAUAAGACAUUUCUAAUAAGUAUGGCCCUGGCAAAUAGUAUACUUGACAGUAUAUUACGGAGUAGGUUAAUCGGGUUAUGUUUCACGGAGGUAUUUUGAGUAAUUGCAGUUUUCACGGCGCCGUUGGUUCUAAAAUGGAAAAAAAGUUAGGUUAGGUUAUAGGUUUAACUUUUGACUUUUUUGUGUUUAUUAAAUACUAUUGUUCAAAUACUAAUUCAACGUCGAUCAUUUUUUAAGGCGCCUAAAAUAGUAUUUAAAAAACAUUUUCAUUUCGAUUUGAAUAUUAAAUUAUAUUUACAUUUAUUUUGAAUUUUCUAUUAAAUAUUAAUAAAUAUUGUAAGUUAGUAGGUUAAUUUUUAAAAAUUAAUUGUUAUACUAAUGAAAUAUUCUAGCGAUACGUGUUUCUGCCAGCCUUCGUUUAUUUUGCACUAUACGAAUUUUUACUAAGAAAUAAUUUGAAUUUUCGUAAUCUUGAAGAAUUUUAUGAAAAUCUGAAUUUUGAAUGUUUCCAAAAAAUUAUAUUUAUGCUGUUUUGAAAAUUUUUUAUUUUCGAAUUAUAUCUUAGGUAAGGUAACCUAACCUACUAACUUUGAAUUAAAUUUCCAAGGUUUUCACGAACACAAAUUUAAUCAUAUAUAAAUCGAAAAAAUUAUAUAUCUAUAUAAAUAUAGUUAAAAGAUAUAAAAUAUUUAUAAAAUUAGUAUAGUUAACCUAACCUAUUUAAGUAUAAAAUUUUAUACUUAAAAAAAAUAUCAAUUUUCUAUGUUUAUUUUCUUGAAUAAUAUAAAAAAAAAUUAUAACAAACAUUAAAUUAUUACGUACUUAUUUAUAACUUGUAUUGUAUAUUUAUAUAAUUAAUAAUUAUAUUCAUAUAUAGAUUUUAAUUUUAAUCUAAUUAUAAAAUAAUACAAUAAUGCUAAAAUUUCAGUCGACAAGACUAAUUACUAUGUUAAUAAAUUUUCAUGUUUAAUGUUCAAAAGCUCCAUGAAGUCGGCUAAUUUAUUUUUAGUAUAAAUUAAGGGACUGGUAACUUAAGUAAUAGUUUGACGCAUCGAGUUUCGACACGACAAAAAUCUCAAAAAUGAUAAAACUGCAAGAUUUGGAAUAAGUUAUCUAUGAGUUUAACUUAACGUUAUAUUAACUUACAAAUAUUAUCAAUUCGUGCUUACGAAUAGUUAAAAUGACCUAAUAGUUAAUACAUAAUAUUCAGAAAGCGCGAAUAAAAAUUAUUCAGUUUAAUUUAUUAACUUUACGGAUCAAAAUAUUAACAAAUAACAAUACAUUAAAUUAUAAUAUAAUUCAUACAUUAUAUCCUAUCAUUAUGA